UACGAAAACGCAUGUCGAUUCGGAGUCAGAGCGCCAACCGGCUCAGCGGACUCUACGAUGGAGUGCAAGUUGGGACCGCGGGCCGAGCCCAGGGUCUUUCGCUCGGCGGGUCUUCACUGUUGCGAUCGAAAUCAUUCGCAUCGUCAUUAUCUCUGAAGAGCAACUAUGAAGAAGGUAGCGGAACGAUCGGAAAAUCUCACAACAAACUCAUUCCACACCCGGAACGAACCACAGAGCUUUUUGAAGCCAUCCUCGAUGGACUCCUGGACUGCAUCGAGGUCACGAGCGAAGACAUCCGAAAUGCUGAGAUGUCAUCGAGAGGCCGCGCACCGGAAAUCAGUUAUGUCGCCUCCCAGUACCUGCAGAGGCUCCAGACCCAGUACGAGAAAGUUGCCCGCAUGCGGGAACGGUAUAUGGUCCAAUUACGUCUUCGGGACGGGGCUACAGAGAUGGGCAGAGCCUUCGUCACCUCGUCAUUGGGUCGAACGAGAGAGAAGGCGUUGAAAGGGGUCCGGAAUACCUAUCGGGAAUGCGAGAUGACCAUGAAACUCAUCGAGUCGCAGCUCGAGACCGAAUGCAUGGGAAGUCUGCAUCUUCAGAUAAGCUGCAUCCAAGGCUUCGCGCGAGUCUGUCCCGGAGACCAAUUUCUGAUAACGUUGCGGCACGGCGACAAGAAAUGGAAAUCGAGGGGGAAAGUAGAAAAGUCUCAGAACCAGUUAUGGGAAAACAGAGAGAACAUUUUCCGGAUAAACCCGUGGUACGAUCUCCGCAUCAAAGCUGUCGAGCUGAAGGGUCUCGGACGUUCGGUGCAGCUCGGCGAGAGGAAUUGCGACGUUGUGAAACUCAUGCGAGCUCAAGCCCAGAUGAUGAAUGUGAAGUUCGGGACCAGUGGGUCGCUGCAACUCGAGCUCGUGGUCGUCUGGAAUCCUCUGCACGGGGCAGAAGAAGCCAAUGACACUAUAUCGAAGAAGCAUCAACCCGUAUCAGCUUAUCUGAUCAACCAAAGCGGACUUCCGCCAACCCCGCCGUCGAGCGGAUACGCGAGCAAGUCUCCUGUAGUUUCCCGAGCGGGAACAGACUCAUCUGCCGGGUCGAUGCGGGGAGUCGAAGACGCGUUGGAAGCAUUCUCGUUCCUCGACGAUCAAGACGACGAUCAUCACCUCCAUCACACACAUCAUUCCAGAAACAAUUCUCCGUUGAUACCCAACGGAAACAGCUGGGCGAGACGAAAGCCGAAUGAGGGAUGGCAAACCUUGAACGGGCAUCCGCAAGCAUUCAAUCCCUACCUACGACCGCCCAGCGCCGACCCCCAACCAGUCUACACGGACACCAGACGAGACACUCGAAUCAUUAACGGGUACGAGUCGAACACGAUAUCGUACCGGCUUUGAACCUGAUCCAGACCUACAUGGUUCCCGUCUUCCACGUGGAUUAGGAAGACAAAAUAUUGUACUUUAUGUAGUUUGAUUGGACGGCAGGCACACGUGUAAGAGUUCCAGUAUCUCCUGUAAUGACUUCAAAUGGCCCCAAUAACAAGAAGAUAGCGAUAUUACUUUAAGUGAAAGAUUGAUAAUAAGUUUCUAGUCCAUCCAUUGAUAAAUGUCAGCGGAGAUGAAACGAUUCGAAGAAGGAACGUUGUUCGCUAAAUAAAAAGUUUGUACACCUGUU